AUUUAGAUGACAGUUGACAAGUAGUCGUAUGAACCGAGUAGUCAUGCAUACUCAAAGCGGUAUGGACGGACUGAUAAAACAGUAAAGACACUGAACGACGAAGGCCUCUUAUCAUUUCUAACCGUCCGUGCGUGUUUGGGGAAUCUGACAUUGCAGCAGUAGAAGUGUCUUACGAGAUCGAGAAAGGGAGAAACUCCAAGCUCGUGUCGAGACGGUGACCGUUUCUCUUUCAGAGUAGAAUACCUUUGCCCCGUUAAAGGAGAACGGCACGAAUGUCCAGUUUGGUAACAACGCGAAAUGUUUAUCGGCACCUUGGUUAGACAGUUGUGGAAGGAUUCCAAAACUGCUUUAAAAUGAAAGGUAUUUUGCGAUACACGUAUUUCCAGUAGUAAUUACAAUUUUGAUUUUCACCAGUAGCGGUGUCUAAUUUGAUGAACAAGUAGUGAGGAUUAACCCGAUUUCUUAAAUUUCAGGUUGUUAACAAAUAGUUUUAGCGUUUUAACAAUUAUAUAACCCACUUGCAAUUUCUUUGUUAUUUUUCAUUCCUAUAUUAGGAGGGGAGGUUUGAAGGUUUCAAAAAAUGAGAUUCCGUUGAAAAACGCUAGAUCAUAAAAGGUCAUAUUGGAUCAUUAUUAUAAUAAACGACCUUUCUAUGUGAUUUUGGGGAUCAUAAGCCCGCCAAAAUUUUGUAACUUCAUUUUUAGCGGAUACGAUAAAUAUACACUAAAAGUAAAACCUCGUUGGACACUAGAAAUACCGAAUUCUUCCCUAUCUCAACUUCAGUCUAUAUUCUACAAGUAACACGCAUAUUUGAUCGAUAUGUCCGUUAUUCAAAUACCACAACUGUUGAAUGGUCCACUGACGAAGAAAAUGAUUGGAAGUUCUUUUUGAGUGUAGAGCCAUUUUUACACGCUUAGACCCAUAUGUUAUUUCUAAUAACUUGGAGUCUACCGUAAUAGUCAACAUUAGGCUGUUAGACAGCCGAGAAACUGUAAUGACUCCUUUAAUUUGUCUGAAACACUGUUCUGACACUCGAAGAUCAUUUAACAUUUUUGUUUAUUCGUUCCUCUCACUUACCACUUUAACGAUACUUCUAGAAAACAAGGAAGCUGAAAUCUUCACUUGUUUUGCAAACCUACCAAGAAAGGUUGUUUUACGAGCUCAGUCACGUUGUUUUCGUGACCGGUGAACCAGUUUAAGCAAAACGGCAUGUAAAUAAACUUAAACAAACAAUCCUCAUCUUCAUGUAAUCACAGACUUGGAGAUAUUGGCGUCCUCUUGAUUUCUUUCCCAAACACCAUUGUUUGAAGAAGAACCGACCGGCACAGGUUUUAGAGACUUUCUAUUGCAAAGUUACACAGUUGAGAAAACAUUCCCUUUUUCAAUUUUAAAGCUCUUAAAAGGAGAGCUUACGAGACAGCAUUUCGUUAAAUUAAAGUUAACUCGUCUGUAGUGAGUUGGGUUUUUCGUGAUUCAUAUACUAAAAUCCUUUUUCUUGAAUCUCAUCUCUGUGUCCUUUGGCGCGACUAUUUUGAAUAAGACCUUUCUUUUAGUAAUUUCACAUUGUUUAUUUUGUUUUUCGGAACUGAAAAAAUUUAAAAUUUUUCGUAGAAUUUGGUCAUGAGGCCAUAAGGAGUGAUAGGAUUGAUAAACCCAAAAUUCAAUUUUAAAUUCCUAUUCAAUCGAUUUUUGGGCACUAAGGUAUAUGAUGAAGAAGUAAUCCUCUUGAUACAGAUGCUCUGAGAAGAUUGUUUGAAUAACGCUUUGUUAUAAUUCAGGGGCAUCCAACGACUGUUUUCUGAAAAGCAUCUAUUCGAAGAAGCAAAGAUUACGUAGAAUACUCUAUAGCUUGAGGACGGCUAAAAAAUUCUAAAUGACCAUUCAAUUCAUGUACGAUUUUCGAAGCUUAUCUGAUAAAUUCCCUACGAUUUUGUGAAAUUUAAUUUUUCACAUUUCACUCCCCAGUUUAAGUUAUAUUUGAAAAAAAAAGGAAACCUAAAAUUUUCGGAUUCAAACAUUUGAUGGAGAGAGGAAUCAGAAAAAUGCUAACCUUCAUAAAGCUUUAAAUAGCAUCUAAAAUUUUCGGGAAAAUAAUAAUGAAGCCCUUGUAAUUUCGAAAAGACUCAAGUUGCCCUAGGAUGACCGAACAGUUCCAAACUUUACAGCGCCAAUUAAAAUGCAUUUGUAUCGAUCUAAAAGUACUCUGGGCAGCCUAAAAAGUGUUUUCAUUGUAUUUAGGAGGAAACCGUCGUUCGGUGCCCCUGAUUGAAUAGCACUGGAGAAAUAAAAAAAGAAUUUGAUUUGCCCAUUGAUUUUGGAGACUUAGAAAACCUGUAACCUCCGAGGAAAAAGCCGUUUAGGCGAUUCCUGGGCUUGACCUCCUUAUCCCCCCCCGAUCCCCACCCCCCUCCCCCUUUCACAGGCAGGGAAGCAAGAAGAUUGCAGAAAGAGAGAGCUCACAGGCUAAGAGAAACAAUUGUGGUUUUUUUACUUAUCACAGAGUUUAGACAUAUUCAAGAAAAUGCAUGAUGAAAUCGAUCCGUAAACAUAAAUAGAGAGAAACGAGGUGGGACUGAAUUACAAAGGAAGGACAGUGUAGAUAAAGCGAAAGAGGGAACCAAGAAUCUCUUAACGUUUUCAUUUAUUUCUCUAAACCUCUAUUUUAAGGGUAGUCUAAGCAUGUUAUAACCCGUCAGAUAGCCAAGUUUUACUGUGCGGUUUUUCAUAUCGUUUCAGCUCUUGCGACAGGUAUUAUGUGACCUGUGAUCUCUUUUGAGCUUCAGCGGAACAGAAAACUUAGCCAAAGUCCUUGUUACCGUGCUUGAUCAAGUUACAUUGUGCUAAGAUAACUAAAUUUCCGUAACACUCCUUUGAAGUCAAAACAAUCAAAAGGCAUGAUGAAAAAAAAAAAAAAAGAAAAGAAAAGAAAUACCAUUGUUCCAAAGGGAUGGAGAGUCGAGUCAGGACAUUUAUAACCGGUCUGCAGACUUAGCCUCUAAAGAAAAUCAGUAAAAUCAAAACAUGCACGGUGUCUUCCAUUUCAAAACAUGUAAUCUGAGCAAGAAAAUCGGCGUGAGAUCAUGCACUUGCAGUCAGGAGCUUUUAUCCCUGAUUAUGACUUCUGUUUCCGGGUUUUGUCGGCCAAUCAUCACACGCCGCGAUAACUGGAAAUGUUCCCAUCUAGACGGUUCUGAUUGAUUGAACUUCCUAAGGUCAACGAUUGUCUCUACAAACCACACAACUGUGCUCAUCCUCGUCAAGAUACGUAGUUGCAACGCAAAGGAUUUUGCUUGAUCCUCGCUGUGAAGAUGACACGUUGACUGCAGGGGCCUGAAAUGGUGGCAAGCAGAAAAGAUAGCGAAAAUAGAGCCGGGCAAUGGUAGUAUUGCGAUGGAUACAAGAAACUGCAGUUGUCGUGGUUUGAACUUUUAUUCCUGCUUUCUUCUGGCUCACUAUUUCCUUUCCUGCCCAAUAAAUUAAGCAGCAUCCUUUACGUAAUAAGUAGAAAGGCGAAUAGAGGGAACAGUACCCCGGGUGCCAGAGGGUUAUUUUUUUCAUUUAAUUCCUCAUAUAAUCGUGAGCACGGUUUAUGUCAUCUCAGGCAUUUCGAGACCUCUGGAGCCAGGGUAUGAGUGCACUAAGUGGAAGAUGCAGCAAGUUGUGGGUUAUCAAUUCCCUAAUAGUUUCUUUUCCUAUUUCAUUUCUUGUUACCAGGAACUUUAGCCCUCGUGAUAUCAGUUGGUGUAGGAGCCGCGGUCCUUAGCGCUGUGUUAGCAGUAUUCUUGGUCAAGUGCUACUUGAACUGGAAAAGACAACGUAGAAAGAAGAAGAAGCAGUCGAGUUCGACCGCCGAUGGAACUGUUCAACAGUUGGUCUUAUCCUCACAGCCAGUUGACUUUGUCCCGCUUUUGAUUCAAGAUCAACUGGAAGAGGAAGAAAAUGAAAUUGAGGGUCCUGCGAAUGCCUUUGUAAGCGGAACAUCAAGCGAAGAUAUUAAUUUCAAUCAGAAAACCAGUCAGGCUGACGAAAAGGUGUGAAAUACCCUUUUAAUGGUAGCUUUUUGCAUGGUGUUGCAGACGGUUGCAGUCAUCAUGCGUAAUAAUACAUGUAUAUUUAGAUUUAUCCAGAGCUAAAAGCGAAGCUUCCUAGUCUUCCGUUUAUGCAUUUUAAAUUUACUACAGACAAUGGACUUUAAACUUUUGAAAAGGCCACAAAUCUAUACUUAAACUCCAAAAAACACGCGACCUCGAUGAGUUGGCCCCUGAGCCCGCGAUAAGGUCAUGCGACACUGGUCAGCGGAUACCCUUUUUUGACACCUGUCAAUUACCAUAAUAUGACUAUUUUCAAGUUAAACACCGGUUACAGGCUCCCACACUAGCUUGAAAAUUUGACAUUUCAUAUUGGAUUGGCCUGUGGUGCAAAGAUUGAACAGACACUGAGCAAUACCCACACCACACAUAACUCAUAAGCAAACCAACAAUGCAUGGUUUUCGAAACACCAAGAAAUACCCCUGAUAAUGGUGUCAUAGGUUCACCCAAAUAAGCCAUCCUUACCAGGGGUUGGGGGAGGGGAGAAACAAGCUUAUCACAACCUCAAAACAGAAUUUGAGCUUAUCCACAUCUUCAUUCAUAUUUGUCUACAAUCGUUUGUUAACGCAAAGUUCUUGGCUGCCAUCUUGUAAAAAAGUUCAUAUCAAAAGGGUGAUUCUCAAGUUUGCAUGUCAAAGUUAAGGCCCCAGUUUUACAAAAAGUGGAUAACGCAAUCAGUUGAACAACGCUACUACUUAAACGCUGGAUAAUGACCUUUCCGUGUGGACAUCGCUAUCCAUCGUUUGAACAACCGGAGCUUGUUCCAACUCAGAAAUCUCUUCGGGUAGAGAUAAAUACUGUAACGAAUUGAGUUCGGUAUGUCUUGGUUGCAAACUUCAGGAACGUUUUUUUUCUCUUCUUUGUCUUCACGGUUAAGGAGAAGAAAGUUGUACAUCCUCCUCUUCUGAGAUUAGACACCGCUUCAAGUAUCCUGGACAAAUAUAGUCGGAAGUUGAAGAAGCCAACAGAAACCGGAACAAGAGGAGAGUCUUUGUUUUUUGAUGACAGUGAUAGUUGUAAAAGUGGUAAGACUAGAAACUAGAACAGUGAUGUCUCUCUAGUUUGAAUUUGCUAAGUAGUAAAUGUCAAGUUUCUAUAGCCUGGGAUCAGGCUCGUUCGUGGGGAAAAGGCGCGGAUAACCGAAAUAACGGGGCGCAGAGCGCAAAGAAAGAGGCGAGCUAAAAACCGGGUUACUGAGAAGGAUAAAGGUGUCAAAAGAGGCACCUCCUUUUUCCUCUUCCCGGCAAGCACUGGGGACAAUGUUGCCUCCCCAGUUCCUCGCUCUGCUUGCGUCCCUCGCAGAUUUUUUCGCGAUGUUUAUCAGACAAGUUAUACGCCUUUUUUACCUACCAAGAAACCUGCUCCAGGGCUUAGUUACAAGAACAUAACGUGCAACCAUACGAAAGGCUUAAGUGAUAAGCUAUAAAGUGCGCUCAGUUGUAGGUGCUAGGCUAGCCCCAGUUUACUACUUUCAACAAAAAAUUACUGGAUCCACCCUUAGUAAAAUACCGGUUAAAGUCUCUUUUGAUAACAGGCACUGAACAUAAAAAACGUUUUCUUAAAAAAUAACAUUAGAUUAUUUCUUCGUAAAAGAUUUUUUUAAUUUAUGUCUCUUUAUUGACAGAAUCCUUAGGUGUAAAGAGGAAGAAAAAGACCUCUUUCGAUGGUUCUUCUUUUUCACAACGUCCCGGGGUGGGAAGUAUCAAACGAAUUCCAUUUCGUCGCCGCCUUAGUUCGGACAGUACAAAGAGUCUAUCACGUGAGUCGCUAAUUAGCGAGGGGCCUGACCACACCCCACAUAUGAUGAGUUCAGUUGUGUCUACCGUUGAUACAAAAGCACCGCGAUCCAGAUUAAAGCGACCACGAAUAAAUGAAGAAACACCCAAGGGAAAACCAACCAGGAAAGUAUCUCGCACUCCUGAAAAACGCGGAAAUGUGAAUUUCAAGGUGAACUACGUGAAAGAUAAACACGCCCUGGAGGUACAUUUGGUUAACGCUACAGGCCUACCAAUCAAACGUAGUCAAUUGUUGGAUUCCUUCGCGCGCAUUUCUCUCAAGACACCGUCGAAACAUCUGCGGCAUCAGAGUAAGAUUUAUAAGAAGACCUGCAACCCGAUAUUUGAUGAGAAGUUUAUUUUCGAGAGUGUUUAUUUUUCUGAGUUACAGCAGGCAAAUUUGAAGAUCAAGAUUUUGAAUCGUGUGAGCGUCUCCCGAUGCGAGCCGAUUGGCGAAACAGCGGUGGCUUUAUGUGAUGAAGAUGUCAUGCGGGGAGAACCCCUAUGUCGAGAAUUAGUUGAGAAAGCUGGGAAAGGACAGGUGAGUAUAGGUUGGCAAUACGUGUCAAAGCUCGUAAACGUCACUACUCCAACAGGCAUUUAGCAUUUACUACCUACUGAAAUAAACUUUAGGUAAAAUACGUAUGAAGCGACAACGAUUUAUCUGACGUUAAUAAAAUGUUUUAGACGGCAAUUUACUAAAAUCAGCUGACAAAAAAAGGCCUAUUUCUUGAAUUCUUGAGAGGUGUCACAGCUUUGUAAGCGGACAGGACCACAGUUUUUUUUCAUAUUUUUUAUGUGUGAUGAAUAUUUUCCUUCACAUGUUAUAAAAGACUGUACUUCUGGCAAUACUAAGCCGCGGUCUUUUAUAGCUUAAUGAACAUUGCAAUAUCUAGUCUUCAUCAAAAGAUAAAUUGUAUAAAAAACUCUUUUCAUAAGGUAUCUUUGAUUUAAAAUGCAAAGACGCUUUCCAUUAUCUCACAGAGUCUUCACCAGCAAACUGAUUGUCUUCAAAAUUUCAAAGCUUUUUUUUUAAAAAACCUUUAUUAAAGGAGUUUUCAUUCUACACUAGCCAAGUCCAGACGUUAAUGAAUUCGGGGAGCGUGAUUGUGAUUCCACAUUCUCAACAUGCUAGUCAGUAAUCUUGAAGUACGAUCCACGAACCUUUGUAAAUAAAUUGAUGCAUUUUUCCUUUUGCCUUUAGUGCGCCGGAGAACUGAUGGUAUCUGUUUGUCACGAGGCCACCUCGUCGCACAUUAAGGUCUUCAUCAUGAAGCUUAAGGAUCUUCCAAAAUCUGUAAAAAGUAAAUAACUUGCCACGUCUUACUUCCUUCAAUUUAAAUUAUUGCGGGCGACCAGAGGAGCUUGCAGUCCUAAUCUUCACGUUGCUAUUACGCAUGCGCGGCAUGUAUGUAGCCUGCAUUCGCGGAAUUCCACUAAGAACGAAUGGAAUACAUAGAACGCAAUCUGAUCACGUGCGUUUAGACCUUCUAUUAAGUGAAACUUACGAAAAGCGUAGCGUUGGAGGGGGAGCGUUUUGACGUGUUCGCCUGCACUCCCAAAGCUUUGGUUUAAUACCACUAAUGCUACUAACAUUCCUAGUUUUAAAGUAUUUCUCCCUUUCUAGGCGGAGUUGUUUUGGCACAUGGCUCGUACAAACCGAUUCGCUGUAAAAUGUUUUAAUCACUUUAAAAAUGAGAACUUUACUAAUAACGUUCUCUCCCUCUGGUGCUGCUGCACAUUUCUUGGUCAUACGGGUAAUCGCCCGGCUCUAUCGCUUUGGAUAUUUAGUGGCUGCAACCACUUCUAAUACACCAUGAUUUGACGUGUAACACGUGUCAAACGAAAGCUCAAACUUUUGAUGCGACAUUUUUAUGGAAAUAGGUUGCUUGCUUUCCUUACAACCACGAAAAGAUAAAGCUUCUAACGGUUAUCCCUCUGAUUAACUUAUUCAGAUUUCUCUUACUUUUCAAGGUCCCUCUAUCACUGUGGAACUUACAUAUAAGAAUGAAAUUCUCCAACAACGUCAAGUCAAAGCUAAAAGGAAGACCCAGAAUAUAAACGAAGAAUUCAGCUUUGAGGUUGCUACGAACAGUUCUUUCACACUAGACAACUUCGGCGUUCAAUUCACCGUGUACCAACAUGACUUUAUUCGCGGUUACGAGCGUGUUGGACAAGUGAGACUUGCGAUGGACGCGCCUUUGCAGACGGAAGUGAAGCACUGGACAGCGGUCGUUUUGUCUCCACACAAACCUAUUGCUGAAUGGCACAAGUUACAUGCGCCUUUUCUUUAACUGACUGUUGACAGCGGUUGGCAACACACCCGGAUGUCAAGGAACCCGGAUCAAGGAAAAAAAACUGCAUUGACUUGAAAGGGUCUAGAUGGGGAUGUCUUAAGUAAAAUUAAUUUGGACUGAGAAAAAGCCAAAAAGGAAACUGUUUUAAAGUUUUAGUCUCAAAGCUAUCUUUAAAACAUGGAAUAAUUUUUGACUUGUGUACUUCAGUUAAAAUUUUCACUUUGAUAGUCAAUUUUUGGGCAAGGAGUUUGCUCUCUAGUUGUUUAUAUUAUUGUGGCUAUCUUUGACAUCAGUUAUAUUUAGUUAAUAAAAAUGCCCCAAAAAAUCUAACAGUAUUUAGAUCUCCAAUUGAAGAACGAUGAUAUCGUCGGGAAAAAAGAAUUAACCAUUACUAGAAUUAACAUCAUUUCCCUCGUAAAGUAUUUUGGUUAUUUUGUUUUACUAUUACUAAUGAUUAGGCCAUCAACGAAACAGUCUUCACCACGUUCCAGCAACCACUGAGACAGCUGAGAUCUAUCACUCCUUAUUAGUUGUACAUUUUUUUCGGAACGUGCGUCUCUAAAAAAAUCAGGAGCCGAUAAUGAGAAGAAUAUGUUCGCCGAUUUGUAUCCAUCUAUUUUCAGUGCGGGCACUCCGAGUUUCACUAGUGUUUGCAAGACACGUAUUUCUAGCUCACAAAAUAUUUUAAAAGAUUAUUAAAAGAUUCGCUUCAGGUAAGGAAAUCCGGAUUGCGUGAAAUUUUGUUCGUGGAAUCCGGGAUCCUAAGCUUGGAAUAUCCAGAAUUAAGCUCAAGGAAUCCGGAAUUCCGCUAACGAACGGAAAUGAGUUUUAUUUGCAUGAGAUUCAUAUCAGUGGCUUCGCACUUAAACUCGCUUUGAGAAAAAGGGUUAGUGCAACUCGGAAAUUGCCUGAUACCGGAAUCCAGUUUCCACUGACAAAAAAUCAGGAAUCACUUUGGGGACUGUGGAAUCCAGAAUUCAAAAUUGUCCAAGCAGUCUUAACUUACUCGAGUGAUGAAAGCCAAAUACAAAAAUAACUAUACUCUCCAUUGUGGAGGGCUCUCCCUUACAUUUUAGUAGUUAAUUAUUUAAUGGCUUUUAUUUUUUCAUAAAAUAGUGCUUUAAUCUUCCUUUCCAGCUGAACAUAUCAAGCAGUGCAGCUAGGGUUAUAGAACUAGAAAAGAAAACAAACCAAGGGAAACUUACUGGCACCAGAGAGUUUCACAAGUUUAUGUAGUCUAUUCAUAUUUGUGUUUGAAUUCUUGGCCGACUAAUCAUUGUCAAUUUGAUCACAAUUUCAUUUUAAGUUAAAAACACAACACGCUUACAUAAAAUAAAUAUGCGUAAUGUUUAAAAGAUGUUCCAAGUAACUUAAUAUGUAAUCGGAAAAAUGCGUGGUACUGAAUAACUAAUUAAGUAAAAAAAUUCCAAGUACACAUAGGGGUACCUUUUAAUCUUGCUAUCGGCUUGAAGAUUCGUCGGUUUAUUUUUGUUUGUACCAAAGGCAAUAAGGAAACGGAUUUUUCACCCGUAGGUUGUAUGAGUGACGUACGAGGCUAAAUUUUAUUUAUUUUACGGGAGAAGUUCGUAUGUUUCUGAGUAGUUGUAUUCCUACUCUGGAAUAGGAUUUACUCCUUAAAGAAAUGUGAUGAAAAUGUACUGUAUUAACACAAAGGAGAAUAUAAUUAUAUAUGAGCAACAUUUUAUGACUUGUAUAUAUUGUUUCAUGAUCUUGAAAAUAUAAUGGAAGCAAGG